GGGCGCCCAACGGCUGAUGCGUGAGGACGUGGACGGGGUGGGCCUGGAAAUAGUGCCCCAGCUUCUUCACUGAUAGCCGUUAUAUUUACUUGUGUUUAACAUAAGUAUUUAUAAGUAUUUGUUGAAGAAAAGAAGAGAAUUCGGGCAAAUACCUCCAGAAUGAGAGCUAGAUCAUAAAACAUUGCGAUGAACGACUUUUUGGACCAAGAGAAUGACGUUCUGCCCAUAAUUUGAGUAUAACGUAUUCUAUAGAACUCGAAAUCACUCGAUUCGAGUUUCAUGUGAAUGCUAACUCAAUAAGGUACAAAUGUUAUGAAGACGUCAUGGCCAACAUAUGAAAGGAGCAAGACUCAAUCAACCAACAAAGUCAGAUGUUGCUGGUGGGAUUUCAGGAUGCAUACCUCUCAGUGUUUUAUCCAUAUCUCUUGAUUGGCUGAAUAAAAUCAUGUCAUUCAAGUUUUGUUGGAUAGAAGACUUCAUUAUCUACAACUUUGGUGAAGGAAUCAUGUCCAAAUUCGUAGCGGAACAUCCCCAAAAUCCCAGGACAAAACCGGCGCCGGAAUUUGCACCAAACCGGCGCCCGUUUGUUGAUUUUCACAUGUACACAAACCAGUAGCUUACCCGGCGCCGGGUAGGCCUUAUACCCGGCGCCGGGUAUGUCAAAAUUUCAGAUUUCCCUGCGCACAAUGAAGAACCGGCGCCGGGUAGGCUUGAACCCGGCGCCGGGUAGGUCUGAUCCUGCAAAUACAAAAGAACGUGCUGAAAUAUUUUGAUGGAAAAAACUCACCUUCCUCAUGAGCUAAUCAAAUAUAUCUUCCAUGCUUGAUUGUUGGGCUCGAAUAGACUAAAAGAUGUCAAUCUUUAGCCUAUAUAAAGCCCCCAAUUCAUCAAACAAGAUCAUGAAUCCAUCCUUGAAGCUUAAAUUUCAGUUUUUAUAUUUUAUUUUUGCAUUCUCUUGAAGUGUUGGAGAAGAAGCCAUUUCUCUCCUCUACAAUUGGUUCUAGAAAAAACUUGCAAACACAUUCGAAGGGAGAAAAAAGCUACAAAGAUGUUGCCAACUUUGAAUGAGAGGAAGAGACCCGUGGUGGCCGCUACGCCAUCUUGCAUCACCUUGAGCGAGGAAGCAAGAGACUAUGAGCUAAGGCAAAGCUACUUCAACGCUAUGCCUCAGUUUCAUGGUUUGCUUGGGGAAAAUCCACUCAACUUCAUCACGGAGUUCUACGGAUUCAUUCAAGGAAUCCCUAGAAAUGGCUUGGCGGAGGAUCAACUCAAGCUCAAAUGCUUCCCCUAUACUCUCAAAGGGGCGGCAAGAGGAUGGUUCCUAGAGCAAGCUCCGGCAAGCUACACAACAUGGGAAGGUAUAUACAAUGCCUUCAUGUCUAAGUACUACACGGCCACCAUGACUCAAGAGCUUAGACAACGCAUUUUCAAUUUCAAACAACAAAAUGGUGAGCUCUUUCAAGACGCAUGGCGGCGUUUCAAAUCAUUGCUAAGGGAAUGCCCACAUCACCGCAUUCCCCUAGACCUUCAAAUUGACACGUUCUACAAUGGUUUGAAUGCACCUUGUCAAGCCAUUGUGGACAACCGAGCCGAGGGCUACAUUGGAAAUAAAAAUGAAACUGAGGCACUCCGAAUCAUUGAAUCUAUUGCCUCAAAUCCUCAACUUCAAGGAGGCGAUUACAAGGUGGUCGGGAUGAAUGAAAUCUCUAUCACAACCGAGAUUAACAAAAGGCUUGAACAAAUGGAAUCAAAAAUUGAGCAAAAAUUCCAAACGGCCCUUCAAGCCGUAUUGGGAGGAGUCAAGCAAAUAGCUAAUGUGGAGAGCAUUCAAAGUCCGGAAGGCAAUUUAUCUCAACAUCUUGAAGAGGUAAAUUUCAUGAACUCUUAUGGGAACCGGGGAAACAAUAAUCCUUCUAAUCAACAAAGGUGGAACCAAGGGAGCAAUUGGAAGCCACAACCCCAAUCCGGAGCACCUAAUUUUGGGCCGUCCAAGGAAACCACCAUGGAGGAUAUGAUGCAAUUCAUAUCCAAGAGCAUGGAAAGCAUGAAGGCUCAAAAUGAAGAGAACCAUAGUAGAGUGGAGGCAUCCAUUGGGAAUCUCCACUCUCAAUUCAACAAGUUGGAUCUUCGCUUUGAAGAUCAAAAUAUAAAGCUCAACCAACGCAUCGACACCAUUGAGCAAUAUACCAAGGCGUCCAUCCGAAAUCUUGAAGUUCAAUUGGGACAACUCGCCCAAAAAGUGAGUUCUAGAGAGCAAGGUAAAUUCCAUACAACUACGGAGGUAAACCCGAGGGAGAGCGUCAUGGCCAUUACCACAAGAAGCGGGAGGGAAACGGAGGAUCCCAAGAUGCCGGAGAGAAGAAAGACACUGGAGGAACAAGAAGAGGUUUCACAUACACCGUUGCAACCUAUUAUGCCUAAAUAUGUUCCUCCCAUCCCCUAUCCACAAAAGUUGAAGAAGAAAGGAGAUGAGAAGAAACACAAGAAAAUUCUUGAUAUUUUCAAGAAAUUGAGCAUCAACAUACCUUUUGCGGAGGCCAUUGCGGAGAUUCCAUCGUACGCAAAAUUUCUCAAAGGCAUCAUCUCCAACAAAAAGAAGUUAGAGGAAUUCGCAACCGUGGCACUAACGGAGGAAUGUAGUGCCAUUAUUCAAAACAAACUUCCUCCAAAACUAAAAGACCCCGGAAGCUUCACUAUUCCAUGCUCUAUCGGAAAAGUCGGGGAGGUAAAGUCUCUUUGUGACCUUGGCGCUAGCAUAAAUCUCAUGCCCCACUCCCUAUUUAAAAAGCUAAGUGUGGGGGAACUCCAACCAACAACGGUUGCUUUGCAAUUAGCGGAUAGAACAAUCCGCUAUCCGAUAGGCAUCAUGGAGGACGUCCUUGUCAAAGUAGGAAAAUUCUACUUUCCGGUAGAUUUUCUUGUUUUAGACAUGGAAGAGAUGGAGGUUCCCGUCAUCCUUGGGAGAUCAUUUUUGGCCACUUCCGCAGCCGUCAUUGAUGUGCAAGCAGGCACUGUAAAGCUAAGAGUGGGAGGAGACGAUGAAACAUUCAAUGUAUGGAAAACACAAUCCAUACCAACUCAAAACAUGGAGGUCAACACAAAUCCUUCCAUCCCUCCAACACACCACGGGAAUGAAAAGAAUGGACGGACAAUUCCAUGGCCUCCCCACGAUCUCAAAAAGGUAACAUUGGUCAAACGUCUUCAAGAGCCCAAUUACACGUGAGAGGUACGUUGCGUCCGGCCUAUGACGUUAAACUAAGCGCUAAUUGGGAGGCAACCCAACAAAUUCAAUUAUAAAUAAAUAUGUUUAGUUAAAUACAUAUUCAUAUUUAUUUAUAAUUGAAACCCAAAAAAAAACAAAAAAAAACAAAAAAAAAGCAAAAAAACAAAAAAAAAACAAAAAAAAGCAUCAUCUAAACUCAUGUAUUGUGCAUCUCCUACUCUCACAAGACGGCCCAUUCCGCUAUUGAAUAUUUCAUCCUCCAUUGCAUCCGCCAAUGUACAUUGAGGACAAUGUAACUCAAGUGUGGGGGUGUAUCUCAUGGUUAGUUAAACAAAUUUUGUGUGCAAAAUAUUUUUUUUAGGAAGGUAAAAGUUCUGAUAAUUCUCUUUUUAACGGGUAUUUGGUUGAGAAAGUUUUUUUUUAAUUACUUACAAAAACCUAUCAUUUUUUUAGACUACUCUUUACUCUUGAAAACUACUCCAAAAAAAUAAACCUUGUGACUAGAAAAAAUCUCCUUCCUUCAUUCCCAAAAAUGGUCAAAUACUACAUUCAAGCACCAUUUUGGAACACAAAACCCACUCUCACACCUCAUCAAAUAAAUUGGCACCAUCAAAUGACUUUCAGUAAAUACUAGUUGAAGACCUUUUCAAAUGAGUUUAAAAAAAAAAGAAAAAAAAAACUCAUGGUCUCAUCUAGGAAGUUCAAUUGAUUCAUACAACUUAAAAGUCAAAAACACCAAAAAGCCAUCCCACUCACCCAAAAAAACCAUAGUCACAAAUCAUUCCUUUAUUUUCAAGAGUAUUAGUAGUUUUCUAAAUCUAAAUGAUACUUUUUGUGUUUAAUUGAAAAAAAUGGUUUUUGGACCGAGAAUGAGAAAAGAGUUUAUAUGUCAUUUUUACCUCUCUUAAAAUAAAAUUAUUUUUGUGCAUAUAUUUUUGUUGAAACUAACCAAGGCAUCCAAGGUGAAGAAAUUGCUCGAGGACGAGCAAUGCUCAAGUGUGGGGGGAUUUGAUAGCCGUUAUAUUUACUUGUGUUUAACAUAAGUAUUUAUAAGUAUUUGUUGAAGAAAAGAAGAGAAUUCGGGCAAAUACCUCCAGAAUGAGAGCUAGAUCAUAAAACAUUGCGAUGAACGACUUUUUGGACCAAGAGAAUGACGUUCUGCCCAUAAUUUGAGUAUAACGUAUUCUAUAGAACUCGAAAUCACUCGAUUCGAGUUUCAUGUGAAUGCUAACUCAAUAAGGUACAAAUGUUAUGAAGACGUCAUGGCCAACAUAUGAAAGGAGCAAGACUCAAUCAACCAACAAAGUCAGAUGUUGCUGGUGGGAUUUCAGGAUGCAUACCUCUCAGUGUUUUAUCCAUAUCUCUUGAUUGGCUGAAUAAAAUCAUGUCAUUCAAGUUUUGUUGGAUAGAAGACUUCAUUAUCUACAACUUUGGUGAAGGAAUCAUGUCCAAAUUCGUAGCGGAACAUCCCCAAAAUCCCAGGACAAAACCGGCGCCGGAAUUUGCACCAAACCGGCGCCCGUUUGUUGAUUUUCACAUGUACACAAACCAGUAGCUUACCCGGCGCCGGGUAGGCCUUAUACCCGGCGCCGGGUAUGUCAAAAUUUCAGAUUUCCCUGCGCACAAUGAAGAACCGGCGCCGGGUAGGCUUGAACCCGGCGCCGGGUAGGUCUGAUCCUGCAAAUACAAAAGAACGUGCUGAAAUAUUUUGAUGGAAAAAACUCACCUUCCUCAUGAGCUAAUCAAAUAUAUCUUCCAUGCUUGAUUGUUGGGCUCGAAUAGACUAAAAGAUGUCAAUCUUUAGCCUAUAUAAAGCCCCCAAUUCAUCAAACAAGAUCAUGAAUCCAUCCUUGAAGCUUAAAUUUCAGUUUUUAUAUUUUAUUUUUGCAUUCUCUUGAAGUGUUGGAGAAGAAGCCAUUUCUCUCCUCUACAAUUGGUUCUAGGACCUAAACUCAAGGAACCUGAUUGGAGCCGGUGAACGGAGAGGUGGGCUAUAUUAUUUCCGGGGAAUUCCUGCACUGAAUUCUGUUCACGCAUCAGGACUUUCAUAUUUCGAGCUAUGGCACCGACGUCUUGGUCAUCCCUCAGAUAGGGUCAUCAGAUUAUUACCUCAUUUUGUUACUAGUUCCACUGUCAAAAAGUUAAAUAAAGCCUGCGAGGACGAUGUACCUAUUCAUUUAUGGGGGGAGUGCGUUCUCACGGCUGUGCAUGUUAUUAAUCUCACUCCUUCCGGCUUACUGGGAGGUAAGACCCCGUAUGAAGUCCUUACCGGCCAGAUUCCGGAUUUUUCCCACUUGAGGGUUUUUGGAUGUUUGAGUUUUGCAUUUAACUUGAAAUCUCGAGGUGAUAAAUUUGCGCCGCGGAGUAGGCGUUGUGUUUUUAUUGGAUAUCCUUCUGGCAAGAAAGGUUGGAAAUUAUAUGAUUUGGCUACCGAUGAUAUUUUUGUUUCUCGCGAUGUGAAAUUUCACGAGGAUCGCUUCCCUUUUUCUGAGCAACGGAACGUGGCAUCACCUCCCGACUCCGCACAUCAAGACGGCGGGGUGGUUAUUUUUGAUGAUCCAGUAGAGCCCGUCUCCCAUGAGGUUGCUGCGUACGUACCUCCUACAGAUACCACCUCUGCCACUUCCCAUGCAGACACACAGGUUGUACCCCUUGGACGUGGUAUGCGCGAAAAACGCUCAUCUGUUCUCUUACGGGAUUUUUUCACUCAUCACGUGCAAACACAUAGCCCAUCUACUCUGGCAUCAUCUUCUUUCAGUUCCUCAGGACAGGAACCACGUUCUUUUCGGGAGGCCAUGAAGGAUCCCGGCAUGCUAUGGCCGACGAGGUUCGUGCUCUUGAGACCAACUGUACAUGGGAUGUAAUCCCCUUGCCUCCUGGGAAGAAAGCACUUGGUAGUAAAUGGGUUUACAAAAUCAAGUAUAAUUCUGAUGGCAUGGUAGAACGGCUCAAAGCGCGGCUGGUUGUCCCCAUGCUCCA